AUAUUGUAUGGCGGAUGACUAACAACCUACAGAACACAGAUAGCCCGAGUUAUAAAAUUAUUAAGUCCUCGAAAAAACUUGAAAAGAGUAGUGCCUUGAGUUUUUUUCUCUGGUAAAAGGGUGUUUUAAGCAUCUUAAAAAUUUUGUUUAAUCUAUUACUUUCAUUCCAGCCGGUUACUUCUUCAAGCCUUCCUCGUACUGUCUAUGUCUAUGGUUGUGAAUAACAGUUUCUUGUAAAACAGACUCAUGGUAGAAACAUUUCAUUCAGUUUUCUUCCGUAUCAGGAGAGGUCUUCCUGAAAAUAACGGUCAAUAGUAAAUGUUAAUCAUUAAUGUGUAAUGGGAUUGAUUUUUUUAGACUCAGUUCCAUGGCUUUGUAAAACGACACUGACAUUUCUCUUUUUCUAUCCAAAGGCUGGUGCAAUAAGGAAAAUAUAUAUUUGCAACGACUUCCGAUCUGUUUCGAGUUGCAUCAGCGCGGAGUUUUCGAUGCCGUAAUGGUGCGUUCAAGUGCACAUCUUGGGAAAAAGUGACUACAUUGGCUAAGACAACGAAAAUCCAUUUUAGAAGAUAAAAACAAAAAAGUAGCAUUACAAUCAUGAAAGUGUAGCCAACACAUAGAACUGUAGGAAUAAUUGGUUUUCAAUAUAUUUCCUCUCAAAAUCAAGCAUUGUCGAGUUGGCUACAUUGCCUACCAUGUGUCGACUAUUUGUCCACUGCUUUACCUAAGAAGGCAUCUUUGCAUUGAUCUAAUAGUCCGAUAAUGAGCUUAAAAUUUACAUCUAGUGUGAUGGAAUAGAAAGAAACGGUUUUAUAAUAAAUUCGCUUUUGAUCAACCCGACUACCAGAGUAAUCAUAUUAGCGAUUAUAGGGGGCUGAUAAGCUGCUACUGAAUUAAAACCUCUUCAUGAGUCCUGAGCUCUUAACAUAUGUAAAUUUUGAGUUAGAUAAGGCCUCUCUAGCAAUGACACUACUUUUUCCAAAGUUGCACUUAAAGGCAGCAUUCAUGCUGCUGGGUCUUGGUCACUUAACUCCUCCUUUUGAGAGGUGUAGACAAGAGCUUGCAGAGAGAAGUAAGUUGCACACAGUUCCUGUUUUCACUCGCAGAGGUACUGUCAUAGUUCUCUGUGGGUACUAAGAGUCAAUUCCAUUUGAUCUUUCUGUUCCAAGGACAAUGAGGAAGGACUGAUCUGUAUCUUCAAAUAAGGAAGCCCCAAAUAGAAGUAAGGCAAAGACAAGACAUGCAUAUGCUUUGUUUUGUUUUGUUUUGACUUGGCAAACUACCUCAACUUACAAGAAUCCUUGUGUUUUUGUUUUAUGUCCUAGUAGUGUUUCAUUACUGAGGUGCACCAGAUUUCACUGUCUGCCCUGAUGAGUGUGUCUCAAACAAUGGAGACAGAGGAGGAUCUCCUGACUUGCCUCCACAUCAAGCUUUACCACCCUCAGCAGAAUUUCAAGGGUUUUUAUGAGCUGCUUCCUUUUGGGACAAGGCAUCGGCACCAAGCAGAUGAACCUCUCAGGGUGGGACGUGAUGCCAAGUCCUGCACCUUUGCUCUAAAUGACCUCCGGGUAUCUCGCAAACAACUGGCCCUCAUCGCCUACCGCACACCCCAGAGCCCGGAUCUGCUGUUCACAAUCCAGAACCUGAGCCAAAGAGGGAAACUGACAGUGAACAGCUCAGCGCUGGGCUACCUGGAGAGAACUGACCUCCCAAAUAAAGCUUUGAUCCGGUUUGGAGAGUAUGAGAUGCUGAUUGUGCGUGAAUCAGGUGAGGCCAAGGGGAGCUUUGAGGUGGGGUUCGAGGUGCUGACAGUGCCUCCAUCCAGAGAGACAUGCAUCUGUGAGCCCAACAAGACAGCAGUCAUGGACACAGGCUCAUACGGGGGCAACAGUUUCCCAUCUGUACCCUCAGCAUUGGGCCCUCUGGAGUCUGAUGAAACUCUAAUGGGUGUCUCAUGAUGGAAACCAAAUGCUGUCUGCACGGAAGUCUAAAUGACUGUUUUUGUUACAUUUGCAGUUAGUGAAUAUUCCCCUCUCCAAUGUGAAGUUAUAUUAUACUUUUUCUUUUGCACAAUUUCUAUAUCUGUGUUAUUAUUAUUGCUGUAAUCUUAAUAAACUUCUCAUUAAUAAUGUUAAAAAC